AUGGGCAUCGACGGCGUUGAAUACGACGCGUCCCGACGCCCACGGCCGCGCGCGCGGUGCGAGCCGUCGAAGAGCGCGCACGUCGGACCCGUGGACGCGCGCGUGCGGCGAACGACGCCGAGGGCGAGGCAGACGACGCGACGGACGGAUGUCGAGAGUGGGAAAACGAGCCGGCGGCGGGGCCGGUACGACGCGACGGAUGGCGACGUGUUGACUCGAAACAGCGGUGGAAGCGCGCGAGAGGCGAGGGAUGGAGCCGAGGCGCGGUUUCCGUACGAUUUUGGGUUCGAAUUUGCGGGCGGUACGACGUGUGGGACGUCGGAGAUGAUUUCCAUGGCUUUGGAGACGGCGAGCGACGGGCGCAUGGCGCGGUUGGAAAAUGUGCUGGCAAAUCGGACGUUUGACCUGUUGCCGGUGAUGGAGGGCGUGUACGACGUGGGAAACAUGUUGGCGGUGUGUCGAUCGACGGAGGCGCUGGGCAUAGGGUGCGCGGCGAUCGUGUCGAGCAAGGGGUUGAACUUUAAGGCGAGCGGGCGGACGUCCGGCGGCGCGCUGAAGUGGCAGCGAGUCGAGCGAUUUGAUUCCACCACGGCGGCUUUGCGCGCGGCGAAAUCUCGCGGGAUGCGAGUGUUGACCACGGAGUUUGAGGGGGCGUAUCCGAUGUCGCAUUAUGAUUGGACGAUUCCCACAGCGGUGGUGUUCGGGAACGAAAAGACGGGCGUGAGCGAAGAGGCGCGCGCGAUGUCCGACGGCGGCGUGUUCAUCCCAAUGUACGGCUUCACGGAGAGUUUAAACAUAUCCGUCGCCGCGGCGUUGGUGAUGAGUCACGCGGUGAGCGACCGAAUCGCCCGUCGCGGGUUUCACGGCGACUUGUCUGACGAAGAGAAGGAAAUUCUUCGCGGCGUGUACGCGUCAAAGUUGAUUCCGCACUCGCAGCGACAAGGGCACUUGGAGGAGUUGGUGAAGCGGUUCAAGAUGCGCGGAACUGACUUCUCUGUGCUCGACGCGCUGAAGGCAGACGUGGAUGACGAGGAAGUCGACGAGAACACGUUGAUCGAAGCGUUGGGCGUCAAACGCUUGGUCGGACGCCGGACGCCGCCUCGCGACAAGGAUCUAGGAAAGGAGGGGUGA